CGCCCGGGAGGUGCGGGCCGGCGGGCGGUUAGCGCUCCCGUUCGACGCGGGCCGGCACGCCGGGCGCUGCACGGCCUCGGCGGGCGGCGGUGGCGGCGACGGCGGCCGGGCUCUCGGGUUCUCUGCCCCAGGCCGGCGCCGGUCGGUGCCCCGGCGGAGCGACGGGCACCCGGGCUCCCUGGCCCCGGGCCCCCCCAGGCUGGGACGGCUGGGGCAAGGGGACCAUGUCUGCUCGCGCCCCGCUGCCCGCCGCUCACUCUCGGGAGGAUCCGCCCGCGGCGGCCUCUGAGAGGGAGUCGCGCUCGGUCGUUGCGAGUCGGCAGGCUGAGCAGCCGCCCCCGCCGGAUCGAGAGGGGAAGGAGGCGGCGAGGGAGGACAGGGCCUCGGCCGCCGCCACCAGCAGCAGCAGCAGCGCGGGGGCGCGGGGAGAGCCGUCGCCGGUGCCGGUGCUGGGACACAGCGUACCCCAGGCGGCCGUGCCCGUGAGGCCCCUGGCGCUGCACCUGGCGCACAGGGCGCGUGGGACCGGGGGCCCCUUCGGCGGGGAGCCCCCGCCGCCGCCGCCGCCGCGGGACCUGCCGGCCGAGGACGCCCGGGGUGAGGCGGCAGCGGCCGGCCCCGAGGCAAAACUGCCGCCGUUGCCGCCGCCACUACCACCACCACCACCACCGCCGCCGCCGCCGCCGCCGCUGCCGCCCAAGGAGAACCCCUGGACCAAAAAGCCUCCCCAGCACCUAUGCCCCGCCGGGACGGGCCCGCCGCCGCCCCCGCUGGACACUCUGGAGGCAGAGCUUAUUUCGCCAAAAACUGUAAAAGCUGGAAAACUCAAGACAAAGAAACCCAAUAAGCCUAGCGAUUUCAGCGAUAUGGCGAAUUGGCCAACGCCAAGUGAAUUAGUGAACACUGGAUGUCAGAGUGUCAUCAACCAAGGGAAUAAGAAACCACAGAAUAGAAAGGAAAAAGAAGAGAAGAUUGAGAAGAAAAGUAACAGUGAGAGCAAAGAAAACCGGGAAAUAAAAUUAGAUGGUCCUGGUGAAAAUGUCAGUGAAGAUGAGGCUCAGUCAAGUAAUCAACGAAAAAGAGCUAAUAAGCACAAGUGGGUACCUCUCCACUUGGAUGAUGUAAGACCAGACAGUCAAGAAAGACCUGGAUCCCGAAACAGUUCAAGAUGUCAACCUGAAGCAAAUAAAGCAGCACAUACCAAUAGAAGAAAUGAUACACGAAGUUGGAGGCGAGAUAGAGAUAAAAAAGAAGAUCAAGAUGACGUGUCCAGUGUGAGAAGUGAGGGUGGUAGUAUACGUGGCUCCUUUAGAGGCCGGGGAAGAGGCCGAGGACGGGGAAGAGGACGAGGCCGAGGAAAUGCUCGAUUGAACUUUGAUUAUUCAUAUGGUUAUCGAGAACACGUUGAAAGGACUGAGCAACCAUUUCAAACCGAAUUCAGCAGCAGUAUGAUGUAUUACUAUGAUGAUGGUACUGGCAUACAGGUGUAUCCUGUGGAAGAAACAUUGCUGAAAGAAUAUAUUAAGCGACAAAUUGAAUAUUACUUUAGUAUAGAAAAUCUGGAACGAGACUUUUUUCUUCGGCGAAAGAUGGAUGAACAUGGCUUUUUACCUAUUUCCCUGAUUGCUGGUUUUCAUAGAGUUCAGGCUCUCACCACAAACCUUAAUCUCAUAUUAGAGGCACUGAAGGAUAGCACAGAAGUAGAGAUUGUGGAUGAGAAAAUGAGAAAAAAGAUAGAACCAGAAAAAUGGCCAAUCCCAGGCCCUCCUCCACGUAAUGUGUCACGGACAGACUUCUCUCAAUUGAUUGAUUGUCCAGAGUUCGUUCCAGGUCAAGCCUUUUGCUCACAUACAGUCAGGGUGAUGAUCUGCUGAUGCUCUUGGAUGUCAUUUGAUCGGAAUACGCAGUGGAAUAGGUGACUCACUGAAAUGCAUUAUAAACAUUGGAACAAAUCGUGCUGCAGAAAUGAAGAGAUCGGACUGUCUUCUGUGCGAGAAUGUCUACUCUCCUUGUGGAGGAGGUUGGGCCAACACUACAGCAAAGAUAACCACCUUUGUGAUGAUGUGAGACAGAACCCAGGACUGCGAUUGUUUUUAUAGGAGCUGCCCAUUUCUGUGUAAUUGGCCUGGGCUGCAUGGGCUACUUUUAUUCACGGUGCGAAAGGUCAUUAUUAUCAUUCUGGAAAUACUACAAGAUUGUGUUUUUGUUUUCAGGCUUAUGUAUCGUGUCCAGAUCAAUAAAGCAGAUAAAGAGAGGUUUGAAUAGCAUUUACCAAAGUGUUAGGUCCUUUGCUGUUUGAUUUGCCCUUCAGUAUGGUGUACAUUGCAGAGCUGACCAGUUGUCAUGAUACAAGGACUGUAAGAUAUGUUAACAUGGACACUUGAUGGGGUAAGACACUUCAGACCUGAACAAGGAAUUUUUCCCUUACUCUUCAAAAUGUAUUUUAAUAAUUUAACAGUAUGAGAGAUCUGCCCAUGGUUGCAUUGAUAAUGGAUUGUCUUAUAGAUAUUUUUAUUUUGUAUUUCUUUGUCAGCCCUCUGCUUCUAAUCCCAGCAAGCAACUGGGGCAGAUGUUUUAAAAGUUGAAGAAAGUGAUAUUGUUUUAGACUUUUUUGUUUUGUUUUUUAAAGGUAUAAUGGCUGAUUAUAUAAGUUAGAUUUAUUUAUUGUGUAAAGUUGGGGUCCAAGAUGACAUUUUUAAUCAGCUUAUGAACAGGCAUAGGGUAAGUUGGAUAAUACAGGAAAUCCUUUUUCUACAGGGUAGUAUUGAUCAGUCAAGUGGGUAAUACCUGUCCAUUAACUAUUUAUGCAUUAUUAAUAAAAUUACAAUGAUAAAAU